UCCUCCAGUCGCUCCGGCGCUGCCUGGGCCCCGCACUCAGGGCAGUGGCAUCUUACUGUGCCUUGUCCCCUCCACUCCCCCUACCCUGGGACUUGUCCCCCUAGGCCGAGGACCCUCUCCCCCCGGCGCCGGGACCCCCCCACCCCCUCUCUCCAUCUCCCCAGCUCCAGCAUGGACGGAGCCUCGGCGCAAAGUCUGGAUGACGGGGUGUGUGUGGCUGGUGAGGGUGACGAGCAGGAUGCACGGCUGGCUGCACUGGAGCUCCGGGCUCAGCGGCAGGACGAUGAGAUUGCCCUGCUGAAGGCCGGGCUGGCCGGAACCCUGCGACGCAUCGAGAUCUACGACCAGCACUUCGCCCGGCUGCUGCCCACCCUCGCCGGAAACCCACUGUUGCCCGACCACCUCUGCCCAGCCGACCUGCUGACGGGGAGGGGUCUGCAGACACUUCUCCCUGCGGAGCAGACUCCGGCCAGGCCUGGACACGUCAGUGCCUGCAGCUGCUCACGGCCGCUGGUUGGUCCCGGACCCCCCACUCCCUCACCGGGACCCCCGUCCCUGCCCGGACCCACCGCUCCUUCACCGGGACCCCCAGCUCUGCCCGGACCCCCCGAUCGAUCGCCGGGACCCCAGGACCCAGAGCUCCUGCCCCAGCCUCCAGUCCCACAGCCUGACCCGAACGGGCAUCCGGGGGCCGGCAAUGGGGGCGUGGAGGACAGGGUUCCGGCCCAGGCGGGCGAUGGCGAUGGUCCGGAGGCUGAGGUUCCGGUGGCUGAAGCUGUGGGUCCGGAGCCCCGGGCCCUGUCCGGAGCGUCCCCCGGGCCUGGGUCCCCUCUGCCGGGAGAAGCGGGAACGCCGCCCCCCCCGGAGCUGGAGCCGGAGCCGGAGCACGACUUGGACCCUGCACCGCUCGUUGCCGGCGGCAGGAAGAAAGUGCUGCUCAGGCGCUGCAGCACGUCAGAUAAACUCCGGGGGGUGAAGGACCCAGUCCCGGACACCCAGAGGCCCAAACUGACCAAGAAAUCCGUGUCCACUCAAAGCCUACUCUCCAAGGGACGGAAUGCAGACAGUCGGAACAAGGAGCUGCCUCAGAGCCCAGUGGCCUCGACCUCCCGGCGUGGGUUCUAUAACCAAGAGGGUGUAUCGAUCAAGGUGUUCCUGCGAGGCCGCCCCAUCACUAUGUACGUGCCGCUCAACUUCCACAACUACGAAGAGCUGAGGACCGAGCUGCCGGCAGAGAGACUCAAACUGGACUGGGUCUAUGGUUACCGCGGCAAGGACUCUCGCGGCAAUCUACACCUGCUGCCCUCCGGGGAAGUGGUCUACUUCAUCGCCUGUGUGGUGGUGCUGCACGGCAUCGAGACGCAGACACAGCGGCAUUAUGUGCGGCACACCGACUGUGUGCGCUGUUUGGCCAUUCACCCGGACGGAGUGCGGAUCGCAUCCGGACAAGCUGCCGGGGUUGACAAGGACGGCAAGCCACUGCUGCCCUCUGUCCACGUCUGGGACUCGGGCACCCUGCAGACCCUGCAGCACAUCGGUUCGGGCAGCUUCGAGAGAGGAGUGGGCUGCCUCGCCUUCUCCAGGGCCGACGCGGGAAGCUUCCUGUGCGUGAUUGACGACUCAAACGAGCAUGUGAUGUCGGUGUGGGACACGGCCCGCGGCUGUCGACUGGCAGAGACCAAGACCACCAACGAGUCGGUGCUGGAGGUGGGUUUCCACCCAGCAGACAACGGGUGCAUCGUGUCGUGUGGCAAGUCGCACGUCUACUUCUGGAGCUGGAAUGGAAGCAGCCUCACCAAGAAACAGGGCAUCUUCGGGAAGUACAAGAAGCCGCGCUUCAUCCAGUGCUUCGUGUUCUUGCCGAGCGGCGAGGUGCUGACCGGAGACUCCGAGGGCAACAUCCUCGUCUGGGGCAAGGCUGCCGCUGACACCAAGACGCUGGGCAAGGGGGCCAAAGAAACGUACCAGAUCGCCAGGCAGGUGAAGGCCCAUGAGGGCAGCAUCUUCACGCUGUGCGUGCGAGGGGACGGCGCUCUGCUGAGUGGCGGCGGCAAGGACAGGAAGGUCAUCCUCUGGGGACCAGACCUCACCGUCCAGCAGGAAACCGAGAUCUCGGAGCGGGCAGGGGCAGUGCGGACCCUGGUGCAGGGAGCAGGGGACGAGCUGCUAAUCGGAACCACCCGCAACUCCAUCUUGAGACCCUCUGCCCUCCUCCCCCCCCCCCCCCCCCCGCCGGGCCACACGGACGCGCUGUGGGGACUGACCACACACCCGUGCCGCGACCUGUUCCUCACCUGUGCCCACGACCGCCGCGUGUGUGUGUGGGAUCUGGAGCAUCACUCGCUAGCGUGGAGCCGCACCCUGGAGGCGACGGGUCUGUGCGCUGAUUUUCACUGCAGUGGGACAGUGGUGGUGGUCGGACUCCAGACGGGAAGGUGGGUGGUGCUGGACUGUGCGACGCAGGAGGACGUGUGCAGCACGGUGGAUGGUAACGAGCAGCUCUCGGUGGUCCGCUUCUCCCCAGACGGAAAUUUCCUGGCCGUUGGUUCCCAUGACAACUACAUCUACCUCCACACUGUGAGCGACGGUGGCCGUAGGUACAGUCGCUACGGCAGGUGUACGGGCCACUCUCGUUUCAUCACCCACCUCGACUGGUCCCAGGACAGCUGCUUCAUCAUGUCCAACUCGGGCGACUACGAGAUCCUCUACUGGGACAUUGUCGCUGGGGGCAAGCUGAUCAGGAACCGGUACGAGUGCAAGGACCUGGAGUGGAUCUCCUACACGUGCGUGCUGGGCUUUCACGUUUUCGGAGUCUGGCCGGACGGUUCUGACGGGACGGACAUCAACGCGCUGUGUCGCUCCCACAACGAGCGGGUGGUGGCCGUGGCUGACGACUUCUGCAAGGUCCACCUCUUCCAGUAUCCAUGCUCCAAGCCCAAGGCUCCCAGCCACAUGUACGGUGCGCACGGCAGUCAUGUCACCAAUGUUCGCUUCACGCACAACGACAGUUAUCUCAUCUCCACCGGCGGCAAGGACACCACCGUGAUGCAGUGGCGAGUGACCAGUGGCCGGCUGGGACACAGCACCUCCGUCUCCUCCGCGUCCGCCUCCUCCCUCGACCUACUGCCCGGCAGCACCUGAGGCCCCGCUGCUGCAGCCCUCCGCUUCCCCUCAUCCCCCCCCAAUCUUUCCCUCUCCUGUCACCCAAUCGUCCCCUCUCCUGUCACCCAAUCUUCCCCUCUCCUGUCACCCAAUCUUCCCCUCUCCUUCCUCCUCCCUCACCCGACACCCCUCGUCCUGCCUCACACCUCCAUCUCUUCUCUCCUCCUUUCUUCUUCCUCCCUUACCCCCAUCUCCUCCCUAACCCUCCCUUUUCCUACCGUUUCAUAGCUCUCUCCAGAUCUUAUCCCUUUCCCACUCCCUUCUCCCUUCCCCUGCUCACCUCCGCUCCCUCCCCAUCCCUUCUUUCCCUUUCCUCCUCCCCGUCUCCGCUCCCUUCUUCCCAUCUCCUCCCCCUCUCCAUUUCUCACUCCUUCCUUUUGCACUACUCCCUCCGCCUCCUUACUCCCUUCCUGUUCCCCUAUCUCUGCUUCUACCUCCUCCCAAAACCCUCUCCCUCCUCCCCUGACCUUGCAUCCCUCCCCAUAGCUGCCCCCCCUCCCCUCACUCCGGAGAUGAGGAUUUUCCUGGUUCGGGUACAUCCUUACUCGGACCAUUCUGACACGUCUCAGGGAGACCUCCGUUAGCACUCAGCACCCCACCCCCUUCCCUCCUCUCUCUCUCUCUCUAGCCUCUCCUCGUCCUCACAACUGGAUAGGUGGCAGGGGGCGGGUGUGGAGAUGUUGCCCCGGGGGUAGUAUGGUGAAUGGGAAGGGUGUAGGCAUGGAUUCUGAUAGUGUCGCUCAGUCCACACUGGACUUCCCUUCAUCUUCCCAGCCCCUUUGGUUUUCUUGGGGGUCAGGAAAGCAGUCUUGAACGUCUGGACAAGGAGAUGAACGGCAGGGCAGGUGAUCCUGUGGGCGGCUAAGUAGAGGGUUGUGGGGAAGCGUGAGAGCCCCCCCCAGGCAGUGCCAAGGGUAGCUCCUUGGACCUGGUACCCACGGGUGACUGGCUGUGCCCAAAAUUGAUUGAAAGGAGGACAGGAAGCCAGCAUUGUGCUGUGACUUGUAACCACCUGACAGGUGGGCAGGUUGUUGGAAUGGCAACCAUCCCCUUCCCCAUGGCAUGGCAUGGGUAAUCAGGAAUCAGGGAGGAGCCAGCCUCCCUCCAGUCUCUGACACUGCAAAGCUAACUCUUAACAUUCCUGGAUGUCGUUUUUAUUGUAAAAAUUAUCAAUCUCAUCAGGUCCUGUUUUAUUUUGUUUGGGAGAUUUGUUUAUAUAUAAGGGUAUUAGUAAAGAGCCUGAUAUAUGUCAAAAGGAUCAAAGCGGGAUACACGCAGACUAGAUGAUUGUAAACAGAAAAUAUAUAUUUUCCCAUUGAAAUAAAGCCUGAUUUUAACAAUGUUUAGUU